AUGGAUAUACCGAUGGAUACGGUUAUGGAUUGCGUGCGGAUGGAGAAAACGAGGGUGAGAAAAUCGUGGAAGCGCGGGAAAGGGCUGGUCCAUGAAUCACGGGUCAGGUCACGGCGUGCUGGGAACCGAUCGACCAGUGUGCCGGUCUCGUCAAUGAGGCAUCGUCCACUUGUCGUCGCUGUUGCCGUUGUCAUCGCAGGGUGCACACCACCUGAUCACCACGGGCGCCGUCGUCUCGAAGAGAGAGCCAAGCUGCCCUGGCUGCAUGGAACAAAAAGCGGUCUGGAGGCGGUUUUUCUAGAAGGUUUGGAAUAUGCACGCCCUUAUGCAACCAUAUUUUGGUGGGAUGGAGCAUCAGAUGCCCCCACAGGCAAC